AUGCUGAGCUACGCCACCUGCAUCUGCCUGGCCUUGGAAGCCAACGGCGGCAGCAUGCGAGCUUUGAGUAUUCGACAGAUUUACGCCUUUUUUGAAAGUCACGAAGCCGCCAUCCCCAUGGUGCAAAAGCCCAACUGGCGCACCUCCGUCCGACAUACCCUCUCGGGGCAUCAAUGCUUUUAUCAACUCACCCAAGGCAUGCAGCGACUGUGGUGCUUUGACGAGGACAAGCUUCCCCGCCCUACUCGCGCCACGCUUUUGAAGUUUCGUAUGCUGCUUCGCUCCCGUCCCGAAGGGGCCGCUGAACCCAAUCUUCUCGAGGCUUUUCUCUGCAACAUCCGUGAUCACGGCCCACCCUCUCUAUCCAAGGUGGAACUCGAUAGCAUGGCCCCCGAUGCCGAGGGGGAAGAGCGAACCUCAGGCUUGCUACGCCCUCCCAGCUUUUCGCGCUACGCGCCUCGCUCUGUUUCCUCCCACCGCUCGACUCGCUCGCCCUCGCCCUCGCCGCGAAUGAUCAAGAGCCGCAGUGCCGUCAAUUUUUGGACGGAGAACCAAAAACCCAUGCCGCGCAGCCAUAGCGACAUUCAAGGCCUCGGUGCCAUGCGCUCGGUCAAGCGUGAGGCCGUCAGUGAUCCCGUGGCCGCCUCACCGGAUAACCAGAGUUGGAUGGGCAUGCCCACGGCCGACUCGCCGCUGAUGGACACGGAAGUGUCCGUACUUGGCGCAGCCGACAACCUGCGGCGUCGUCAUCGCGCUCCUCCCCAACAUCAACAAGCUGGCCAGCAUCACACCCCUCAUGCCUCGCACGGUUCCACCGGCUCACAUGGCUCAAGCGAUCUGGACAGCGUCAAUGGUAUGCAGCAUGGCACAAUGCAACAUGGUGGUAUGCAGCACGGCGGGAUGCAACAUGGCAAUCUGAACGGCAUGCAAGGAGGGCUCGGUGGCAUGAUGGGCAUGAAUGGCCCGAACGACAUGAAUGGCAUGGCCGGUCUGAACGGUUUGAAUGGGCUGAACGGCAUGCACGGCAUGCACGGCCUGAACGGCUUGGGCAACAUGAGUGGUGUUCACGGCAUGAUGCGCAGUGUUGGAAGCAUGGGUAGCCUCAGCAGCCUCAACGCUAUGAGCACCGGUAAUCACGGCAUGGCAAGCGCCAUGGCAUCCCAUAGCUCGGCUUCCAGGCUGGACAUGAACGGGGCUGGCAAUGCCGGUGCCUCGUCCAACUUUCUUGGCAUGCCCAAUGGACACGGGGCGUCGGCCGUGUCACCACCCGCCCAGAACAUGCCCUUGAAUCUGCAGAGUCUCAAUCUCAACUCGGGGUCGGGUCCAGCCACACAGGGCGCACCGGCGCAAUUUCCUUUGGACGCGGUGGCGCUGGCCCAAGCCAACAUCAAUGCCAUGAAUCUACCUGAGCAUGAAAAGCAACAGUUGUUGCAGGCCGUACACGAUCGUCUCAUUCAGCAGUUGCAUCAAGCACUGGCGCACAAGCACGCGGAGGCUCCCUUCAAUGGCAUGGGCGGCAUGACGGCGGAGCAAGUGGCACGGCAAACGGCCAGCCUGCAAGCUGCACGCUUUCCCGAACAAGCCGCCUUCAAUCCGCCCAGCAGUCAGCCUCCCAUGGAUACGGCUCACAAGCUAGAGGCGAGCGGGCCAGCCGUCUCCUCAGCGGCGAUCCCCACGGUUUCAGAGCAUUCGGCGAGCGAUUUUGAUGCCGUGAGUUUGCCUUCUUUCCCCAACGCUCUAGCGGAUAUGGAGACCUUGGAUGCAAUCGAGAGCCUGUUGCGACGUGACGACGACGGGCUCAAGGACUGUGCACGCAGCUUGGACGGACCCGUGCCUCGUGAUUCCUUCGACUUUUCACAGCUUUUGGAGUCGUGUGACCUCAUGGAUCUCAUCGAGUCCUGA